AUGAAUAGACAAUUGAUUGGAUAUGGUACUUUUGGAAAAGUUUAUAAAUCACAAACGGAAGAUGGAGAAAUAAUAGCUGUUAAGGAGUUUAAUAAUCAAAGUACAGACAGUGAACUUAGGUUGCAAACUUUUCGAGAAAUUAAAUUUCUUCAACAACUUCGACAUGAAAAAAUUAUUAAAAUAAAAAAUUUUAUUGUUGAACAGAACACAUUGCUCAUUAUUAUGCCAUUUAUACCAAAUGAUUUAGAGAAAGAAAUUAAAAAGAGGCAUUCGGCCACAUUAUCUUUUGAAGAGUUAAUUUCAUGGAUUACUCCACUUCAACAUCAAUUUUUUGAAGUAUUAAAAUAUCUUCAUUCAUUACAUAUUGUUCACCGUGACAUAAAACCAUCUAAUUUUUUAUUAACAGAUAAACAACAAAUUCAGUUAAUUGAUUUUGGUAAUGCUUAUCAUUAUCAUUUUAAUGAAUUAGUUAAGGCAAAUUGUGUCACUCCAAAUUAUCGCCCACCUGAAGGUGAUUUAAAUAUUUUAGUAAAUCCACAAAGUAUUGAUGUGUUUUCUAUAGGAUGUGUUCUUUUUGAAAUGAUAUCUGGUGAGUUAUUUCUUCAAGUAAAUAACAAUCAAACAAUAUUUGAUUUUAUAAAUUCUACUUAUUCAUUUGAUGCAAAUGAAAUUUUAAGGAAUCCUUCAAUAACUAUUCCAACUACAUUGACUGUGUCCCAAUCUUUAAUAGAUUCUUUGAUUCCGUACCACACUAAAAAUACAUAUAAAUUCUUUAAUAAGCUUCUUAACUUAAAUCCCAACCUUCGUCCAUCAAUCGACACUUGUGCAAAAUUGAUUCUUUUUUGA